ACCUCCAUUUCGGAGCGGAACGGCUUCUCACGGUGGCAAAGCACCAGCAACGGCAUUAUCCACUUCUUCACUUCGCAGCUGCCCGGCUUCCAUGGCGAAAAUGCCUCUCAACGAGAGUAUCCUCGAGCAGCUCAGAGACGGCACCGCGAAGUUCGAGCUCCUCUCCUCGCCGGCCCCUUCGAUCUCGGCCCCCGGCCUUCCCGCGGCUUCGCCCCUGGAGCUCGCCGGACGCGGCGGCCGCCUGUUCUUCGCGAGGAUCGCGUCGUCCGUAGGAAGAGGAUCACCACCGGCGGCGGCGGCGAAGAAAGUCGAGCAUUACUCGGUGCAGAAAGUCGCCGGAGAUGGGCGCUGUAUGUUCCGUGCCCUGGUCAAGGGAAUGGCCUUCACCAAAGGAAUAUCUCUUAACCCACGAGAAGAGAGAGAAGAUGCAGAUGAAUUACGGAUGGCUGUCAAAGAAAUUAUAUGCGACUCUGGUGAAGAACGUCGUCAAUAUGAAGAAGCAUUGGUGGCAAUUACCGUGGACGAGUCUUUAAAGCGGUACUGCCAACGAAUUGGCCGACAUGAUUUUUGGGGUGGAGAGUCAGAGCUGCUGGUAAUCUCAAAAUUAUGCAAGCAGCCAAUCAUUGUUUAUAUUCCAGAGCAUGAGCAUACAAGGGGUGGAUGGGGCUCGGGUUUUAUCCCCAUUGCUGAGUAUGGAUUAGAAUUUCGGAAGGGUUCAAGAAAGGGAAAACAGAGGGAAGUUGUGAAGCUUCUCUACAGUGGUAGAAACCACUAUGAUCUGCUUGUCUAAGAAGAGCGACAUAAAUUUGCCCAUGAUUCCAAGCUAUAACAUAAGGAAAUGGAGGCCGUGUUCUUGGGGAACUUACACAGGAAUUAUAGUUUACCUUGAACAUUUCCUGAGGAGAUCGAACUACUCAUUUAUGCUGGAAUUCCAGCAGGUAUCCUCUUCACAAGAGUUUCCUUACUGGUAGGCGCAUCUUUACUGCCUUAUUGUACUGUAGCAGAAAAAAAAGUACCCAAGUGAUGCAGAUGCCUGGGGGAUUCAGUAUUCUGUACGAGUCAUAGCUUGCGCAGAUUGUGCCAAAAAAUUUUGGGCUAUUGCAGGUUACGAAGCAAAUUGUAAUUCAUGAGUUCUCCAACUGAUUUUCUGAUGUUUAAUGAGAUCACCUUUCAAUGACAAGUUGGAGUAAUAGGCUUUA